UCUCCUCCUCCACCACCACCACCACCACCACCGCCUCCCUGUCAAGAACUCACACCGUCACCGCCGCUCUUUGAACUUCCACCACUGGUGUGGUGAAACCGAGGACGCGGGGGCGGGACCAAGAGCGGGCCGGCGCGAUGGGCAACUGCCAGGCGGCAGAGGCGGCGGCGGUCGUCAUCCAGCACCCCGGCGGGAAGGUGGAGCGGCUCUACUGGUCCACCACCGCCGCAGAAGUCAUGCGGGCCAACCCGGGGCACUACGUCGCGCUCGUCAUCCUCCGCGUAUCCGCCGCAGAUAAGGCCGCCGGGGACGCCGCCGCGGCCGGUGCCGGGGGCGGAGGUGCCAAGAUCACCAGGGUCAAGCUGCUCAAGCCCAAGGACACGCUGCAACUCGGCCAGGUCUACCGCCUCAUAACUUCGCAAGAGGUGACGAAGGCGCUGCGGGCGAGGAAGAACGAGAAGAUGCAGCGGUGCGAGGCCAUCAGGCAGCAGCACGAGCAGCUCCGCCGCGGCGACCUCGGCGACGGGGCGGAGCAGAGCGCCCGCGACCAGGACGGGAAGCCGGACAAGGACCGGCACCGGGGCGCCGUCGCGGCCGGGAGAGGCCGGCACUGGCGGCCUGCACUGCAGAGCAUCUCUGAAGCCGCGAGCCAGAGCAGCGUCUCUGAAUCCACCACAAGCUAACGCUACUGACCACACUGUACCAUCUGGGUCUCUUCUUUCUUUCUCCUUUUUCUUUUGCUUUCUGUUUGCCUGUUAGUAUAAAGUGCUUGAACCUAGCCAGAAAAAAAAUUGUAAAUCAGAGUGUCAGAGCAGGAGCAAUAGGAUGUCUCAUCUCUCAUGUAAUUUGGCAUGGUGAAACUGAAACUGAGUGUUCAACUUUGCAGUCCAUGACCAUUGAGCAGAAAGGGUGAAAAAGAAUGCAAUGACCAUUGUCAUAUUACUCUUUGCAUCACUAGCAUAAAGGACACAAAUUCAAAAGUAGGAACAAAGGACACAAAUUCAAAAGUAAGCAAAACAAAAGAAUUUCAAUCGGGAGAUAAUUAUUUUUCGAAGUCACUCAACAGAUAAAUACCAAAACUGUAGCAGAAAUAAUCAUAGUUC